AUGAAAUCUUCUUUAUCGGUGAUAGUGCUACUAUCACUAUCUGUUGCAGCGGUAUUUGGAUCAGAGUGUGGCGACACUACAAUUCCAUACAGUUUAGAGGUCCUCCCUUCUGGCCAACCAGUGCUCGGAUGUGCUCGACCAACAUGUUUCGGAUGGCAUCCAAAUGGUCAUCAGCUCCCAACCACUGCAAAAUUCUUCCGAAUCAGCCAACAAAACGACGGAUUCCUUCGUGAUGAUCCUUUGGCUAUCCACACUUUCAACGCCGCUGACCCGAGAAUGUAUUCUCAACAAAAAGCGACAUGCGAUGCAGAGUUCCAAUCUUUGUCCUGUAAUUCCGAAGAUCAAUGGGUCGGAGGAAUCUCACCAGUUAUGAAUGCAACCACCACUCAAGUUAUUGCCUACCAAUGUUGUACCUACCCACCACUCCGUGCUUCAACUGAUAGAGGAAUCGCCACUGUUUCUAGCGGACAAAUUGUUGUUGGAGGAGAAGUGACUGAGAAUAACCAUCAAUAUGCUUUUGACUACAUUAGUAACAUUGAGAAGAAGCUUGAUGAGCAAGGAGAAAUUUUCUAUGAAGUCAAUAUUAGAAGAUUCUCUUGCUUGGACCUCCAGAAGGCAGACAGAUCAGUUGCUGAAGUUCUCAACUCCGAAAACGUUAUCCGUCACGUUAAUGGACAUAGAGCUAUCGCCUUUCAAGCCCCACUCGCCGCAGGUGCAACUCCAAUUGAAACAGGGGAACUUGUUGUCCCAGCUGGAGUAGAGAAUGGACAAGAAGUCAUUAUUGAAGAAAUUGUUGCCCAACCAGGAUUCAUUGAAGAGAACACCGCUACUCCACCACCUCCUCCACCACUUCCACCACAAGGAUUCCAGCCACCACCAUUCCAGCCAGCACCAUUCCAGCCACAACCAUUCCAACCAGCGCCAGUCCCAGCUCAACCUGCAGGAUACUUCCCAGCAUAUGGAUACGGUGCACCAGCUGGACUUCAACUUUACUACUGCUUCCCUGGAGAUGCAACGGUUUUUGUGUACAACAAAGGAGUGACGCGAAUGGAUGAAUUGGAAAUUGGAGACUGGGUGCAAGCUCUCGACAAGAACGGAGAUGAAGUUACCCAUAUCCCAGUUCAAUACUGGAUUCAUAGAGACCCAGAGCAAGAAGCGGUUUUCAUUGAGUUCUCUCUCGACAAUGGAGAGAAAUUCUCUCUCACUGAGAAACAUUUGGUAUACGUUAGCCAAUGUUCAGUAGACAAUAAGGAUGAAAACAUCAACUCAAAUCCAGUGUCUGCUGAAAACGUUAAAGUUGGAGAUUGCCUCUACAUUGCUCAUCGCAAGAACAACAAGGUGUACCAACACGUCAAGGUUCUUGAGAUCAACCAUGUCAAGAAAACUGGAAUCUAUGCUCCAAUGACAUCAUUCGGACACCUAUUAGUGAAUAGAAUUCAUACAUCUUGUCACUCAGAAACCGACAACCAUUCUCUUCAAAACACAUUCUUUGCUAACGCUCUCCACUGGAAAAACGAGUUCAGCAAGUAUUUCUGGGAUGUGGACACCACUAAGGAAGAGAACUUCGGUUAUGGACUCAGCAGCCUGCUUGAUGUUAUUGACUUGGUUCUCCCAGCAAAACUUAUGUAA